CUAUAGUCAGUGCUAUGUUCAGUGUUUCACCACAGAAUCAUGAGUGUGUUGUAUCAGAAAGAGGCGUGUACAGACUGUAUGAAGGCAUCAGAUUUCUCUAUUGAUAAAAAAGGAAUCAAGUGAGUUAUUUAAUUCACGUUCGUGUUAUUACAGCUGAUUAUUCUGACCUUGUUAAGCAAUGGUAGCGGUCACAUGGAAUUAUCCUAACAGAAAAAACUUUUUUUUUUCAGGAAGAGAAACUGGAGGACAAGGAUACGCUAUCUCUUGAAGUUCACCUCUUCUUCAAAAUCCAUGGCAAGAAGAAGAUCUUACAGGUGAGGCUCAGGGGUCUGAAUCAUGUACUAUUAUGGAAGUAAAAUAGGGAGUACCAUAAGGCUCUAUAUCCUAAUAAUGAUCAACCUUAAUAUAUAUCACUAUAAGCAGUAGUUACUACUACUUGUAUACAAAUAGUAUAUACAAGUAGUUACAACUACUACUACUACUACUACUAGUACUACUACAUGCCUCUAAUGUGACUGUUCUCUCCUUCCUCAGGCCAACAGUGGAUGAAGUCAACCAAUGGGCACAGUCACUUGACGAACUCCUGAGUCACAAAUGUAAGUGCCACACCCUGACUUUUAUAGCUCAUACGAUAGCAGCAAUGACUGUAUGAAAUGGGCACAAAGGUUAUAGAGUGAAAAUGUAUAUGAAUGAAGUGAGUCAACUUGAAGUACAGUUGGAUCUAAACUGCACCUCUGAUUGGUUGAUAUUUGACCAUUCUCAAUUCAGCUCGAAUAGUUUUUCUACUGCUUGAGAGCUGCUUUGACAUUCUCUCUCCUCCCCUCCCUCUUCUCCUGCAGAUGGAAAGGCAGCAUUUCGGAUCUUCCUGAAGUCAGAGUUCUGUGAGGAGAAUAUAGAGUUUUGGACAGCCUGUGAGGAGUUCAGGACCAUCUUAUCUCUAGGGAAACUGUCGUCGAGGGCCAGAAGCAUCUAUGAAGAGUUCAUCCAGUGUGAUGCUCCUAAAGAGGUGAGUUUUCCUUUCACUACGGUCAGGCCUCAUUUUCUUAAAGUGCUGAUAUUGAGCAACAAUCUUAUAAUAAAGAUAUGGUAAUGCUAAAGUGAUAGUUAUGUUUCUUUAUUCCAAAUAACUUCUAUCUAAUGCCAAUGUGUGAUCACUCUGAUUGUGCAAAGACUUAUUGGGAUUCUUGUCUCUAUAUUUGGUUGUAGAUCAACCUGGACUACCAAACGAAAGAUGCUAUCGUCCAGAGCCUGCGUCUGCCUAGCCUGACAUGUUUCCUGUCGGCCCAGAAGAAGGUAUUCAGCCUGAUGGAGAACAACUCGUACCCUCGCUUCAUCCACUCGGAGCUCUACAAGGAACUUUGUGCCAUCGCCAGGGGAGGGGGAAAUAUCUCAAGUAUUAUGAUUAACCACUCUGAAAAAUUGUCUAUGAAGUCACGCAUUACAUGUUGCACUGACACCAUGUAGUAACAUGGAAUGUAAAACCAUUUCACAUUUGAGCCAUGCGGUCAAUGGCAAUGCUGUAGCACACUAUUUAUAAACGGUACUUUAGUGUAGGAAGUACAGUGAAUAACUGUAAAUAGCUUUUCAUUUACAUUUGAAAAAUUUAAAUUCAACUUUGUACAUCCUGCUUUUGCAGAUUGAGACAAAAUAAUGCAGAUCAGAUGUAAAGUAAUUUAAUAUCGGCUUAAAAUGGAACUGCUUAUCCUGUUGUGUUUGAAUAUGCAGUUGAGUUAGUUUCAAUUGAUAACUGUUUUGCUGGAGAGUUGAAUGGAGGUGAAUGUUUUGCCCACAUCGGGAUUUCGAAAUUCAACGGAGGGCCGCACAGAUACAUUUUAUUACAGAAAAAGGGCAGUUAUUUGAAAAUAUAUAGGUCCAUUAUAAUUUCUACAUAC